CGUAAUCUAGCAGCGCUGUGCCGUCUUCGUUUGCGUGAUUGAUUUGAUUGGGCCUCAAAGCGAGAGGAACUGCCGAGCGGCGAGUGAUAGAAACAUCCACUGGGGAGAGAGAGAGAGAGAGUGAGGGGGGGGGUCUCUGGCAGUGGACGUCUUUGGGACCCCAGCACAAGAAAGAGUUGGGAGGAAUGGGUAUCCUGUCUGUAUUUUGAUUGGAGGGGGUAAAAGUAUGGAGAAAUCGAGGUCGGAUUGCUUCACUUGGAGAGAACUCUCUCAGGUCUGGAACAAUGUGACGACUUGUAUUGUGUCGAACAGCCAGGUGGUUGUCUGAUAAAUCAGGACAUGCACGGGACUAGAUUAGUGACAUUUUUUGGUGGGCUUUGAUCUUACUAAUGGGAGUUGAUUAGGCUAUACUGAUUACGGAGGGCCGGAGUUCACCUCAUUUUUUUCUUCGUGUAUCAGCGUUAUCAUUCUUCCGAGAAAUUUGUUGGUCUUAUUCCGAUACUCUGCCUGGUAGAAUCCUCUUGGUCUUCGACUGGUGUGCGCGUUUUGGAGAUUGCAGAUCUCGGUGUAGGGCAUUGCUGUGGGUGUUUAUCAGCAUUUCCAAAUGGAUUGCUCGGACUUUUGGAAGGCAAAUAUACAUUGUACAUAACCACGAAUCUCGAACACCCACCGGGAGGCUGUUGAGUUGAAACGCGUUUUCUUCGGCCGGUCGUUGUGGACCAGUGCUACGACCGGUAUUAGGUCGUGUCAGGUUGUUUCUUGAUUAGGGUUUCUUCCCGAGAUUGUAUUAGGUUGAUUUAUUAUUGCCUUUCUAUCUCUAGCUCGUGAAGUCGAGAGGGCAGUUUUGCUGACCGGUUGUUGGAGGAGUGAUUGAUUAGUUGAUUGAGUGGUGGGUACGAUGGGCGUAAUGCGGGACAUCGUGGCUGUGGUCGCGGCGGGAGCGGGAGCAGCGGCGGCUUUGUCGUAUUGGAAGGGCGGAUCUCGCGACAUGGCGGAGGUGGUGCGAGUGGCUCAAGCAGCCGCUCAGGGUACUGAUGUCCGGCGCUUGCUUCUUCAGUCGAUUUUCUUCGUCGCCGUGGUCUCGCUCGCCACAGAUUUCGUCAUUCCCGCGCUUGCUCGGGGCCGUGUGGUAGGUCGCCGUCGCCGUCUAUCGUCAGCGGCAGCGAGGGCGGCAGCGGCCAUUGAGAAUCCAAGGGCACCUGAGGAAACGACGUCGAUGGGAGAUGACCGGGCGGCGGGAGAAGUGGAACAGGAAGAGGCAGAGGUGGGAACCUUGGAUGCAAGAGCAGAACCAUCGGAUCUGCCGUCGUCGUCGUCUUCCGCGCCAAAUCUUCCCGCCGAGGCAGAAAAAGCUUGCAUAAAAGUUUCGCAAGACAUACGGAGGGUACGCGAAGAUCAGCAGCAGGCAAUGAACGAUAGCAAUCUGGCGAAGAGCAUUCAGAAAAGGAACAAGGCACAUCAGGUGUCAGCGAGGAAGCAGGCCCAGGUUCCCUGCGGGUCAGAAGAAGUGGACAGGGUGCAGCCCCGAUCACCUGAGGAUGAUUUGAAGAUGUUGGUGGCAUGUGCGAGGGAGGAACAUCAGCGGCUUUGUCGAGAGCAGGAUGAGGCGUAUGCGGCAUCUUUGCAGGUGGAUUGUGCCAAGGAAUCUGAAAGGAGGCGGCAAGAGAUUGAGAGGCAAGAAGAAAUUAGGCGAACGAGGGAGGAGGACAGACAGAAGGCUGCUCAGGAGGUUAUCAAGCUGUCAAAGCAGGCGAAAAGGGAGUCAUUGCCGCCCGAGCCUGUUGCAGAUGAGCCUGGCAGAACCAUGAUCGGUCUGUCAAAGCAGGCGAAAAGGGAGUCAUUGCCGCCCGAGCCUGUUGCAGAUGAGCCUGGCAGAACCAUGAUCGGUGUUCGAUUGCUAGACAGUAGUGUGCAUCGCCGCUCUUGGCAUUGUAGUGCAUACAUCAAUCAGCUCUACAACUGGAUCGACUCACUGGAGGCGUUCACACUCCAGCCGGAGGAGUACUCGUUGUUUACAGCAUUUCCGAGGAAGGAGUUGGCCCGUCAGGAUUGGGGCGGAAAGUCUCUAGAGGAGGGAGGGUUAUGCCCGCAGUCCCUAGUCAUUGUGGAUAAGAGGGAAGCCAAGAGUUCGAGUCCGAGCACACUUUCUUGAGGACAACUUGCAGCUACCAAUACGAUGUGGAAAUGCGCCGAGUUCACUCUUCUUCUGAUGUAUUAUUCUUUUUUUAUUCUAAAUUUGUAAUUAGUUUGUAUCAAUUGGAUUGUGAAGGAAAGUCCGUGUCUAUUCAAAACGUGUUCUUCGCUUCCCAUCUCGAAUCUCGAAUGGUUGUCCCAAAGUCUUGUGAUGCUUUUAUUUCGCUCAACCGACUUCAGCCGUUGAAAUGAAAUAAAAGACAUUGUGUAACUGCAGGCUGCAACAGAUGCUGGUCAAUCAAGGAAUGACUGCCGUGACACUAACAAUAUUAUGAGAGGCCAGAUUGUUUACGGUCGUAUUCACUGAAGAUGACUAAGCUGGUCCUAAGACUCCUAACCUUCACUCAUGUGGAUUAAUUAUAAUAAGCUGGUCCCAAAUCAAACACCAAGGAUUUG